CAGCGGUUCAACAGAACCAGGAGCUUCAUCGUGGAGCACGAGUCUAUCGAAAAUACCGCAGAGCUUCGAUGGAGAUAAAGUCGAAUCGUACCGCACGUCCAGGUUGAGGUCGAGCCGUCAGGCUGCACGAAGCUACAAGUUCGUGACGGAAGCCUACAUAGACCCGUCGUCGAUUCGAGUGUCGAGUUCCACCGCCAAAGUAUGUGUAAAGGCAAGCUGCUUUAGAAGCCAGAAGAAGAAUUCAAGGCCGUACCAAGUUUCUUGUGGCAUCCUCUACAGUGGACUUGUGUGCAAUGCAAGCUGCGAAUGCGCCGCUGGAACUAGUGGUGUGUGUAAUCACUCACUAGCCCUUCUGAAACUUCUGGCUCUACUGCGAGCUAAGGACUAUGCUGAAGCUCCGCCUGUUGUUGCCUGUACUGAGCUGCCCCAGCAGUGGCGCCGCCCACGGGGAGAGGCAGUUGCAUCGACAAGCCUACAGUCUGUCGACUGGAGAAGUGUUCGAGAAGAUGGCAGUGACGUACCCAUCUCUUCAAAACUUUACGAUGCGCGAAGAAAACCGUUGGACCAGAAUGAGACAAUGCUGUCCAUUCGAAAACUUGGUGCGGAUCGUUGUUCAAGUGAUGUCACGCCCUUUGCCAAGCGCCUUCGAGAAGCCACUGCGGACUCUGUCGAAACGAGGUUUGGCCUGGCUCCUGUUGGUAGUCCCCUAUCGUACCAGCACUCACUCGUUCCAUUUGGAUAUGAGACAUAUAUCAGCCCGGAACUGAGCCUCGUACAAAGGAGGACCACUGCACUGCCUUCUGACCCGGCAUUCUUUGAGUCCGGCGUGGCCUGGGAUACCUCCGGGCACAACUUUCCCUUGCAACAGGACCUGCUUCUCAAGUCUCUGCUGGUGACUUCGACUCAAGCCACAGUUUUGGAGAAAAACACACGGCAGCAGUCGAAGAGUCCGCUAUGGAGGGCAGCCCGACGGAACAGGCUGACAGCGUCAUCCUUCGGGGAAGUUGCAACACGCGAGAGCUGGUCUUUAAAAGGCCUCAACAACCUGACAUCAACCAAGGACAUCUCGCACGUCCGUGCGGUCAGACACGGUAUCAAGUACGAGCCAGCGGCUGUGCAACGUUACGAGAGUGCCUUGCGGGUCUUGGGACAUGAUAUCCAGACAUCGCACUGCGGCAUUGUUGUUCAACCUGACUGCCCCUGGCUCGGAGCGUCUCCUGACAGGACGACAUGGGACCCGACCGAAGCAACUGCUCAUGGGGUUGUCGAGGUGAAAUGUCCUUAUACAUUGAAGGAUGGAGGCCUCGAGACUGCGGUAGACUUUUACAUGGUGAAGGAUACUUCAGGGGUGUACCGCUUGAACCGGGAACAUAGGUAUUACUACCAGAUUCUGGGUCAGAUGGCGCUUUCUGGCCUGCUGUGGGGGGAUUUCGUUGUUUAUUCCCACAAGUUUUUGAUUGUUGAGAGAAUUUAUUUUUCUCAAGAGAAGUGGCUAGAAUGUAAAACUACACUAGACAAGUUUUACUUCUCUGUUUUGCUGCCAUACCUGUCCGAAAGUCGCACAUAAUUGUUUACUUAUGCGACUUGUGGCCUGAAUGUCUUCAUUGAACAUUGUCCAACUAAUAUGACAUUUCAUGCUGCAUUCAUUUGUGUACUCUUGUAUUUUAGUGUUAAUUAAUAUAUAUGUUCAAAUGGCUGUCUUAUAAUAUUGCAGUCAAAAUUCACAAAAAAAGUAGAAACUUUCAAAUUAAGGCCAUCUUCUUUAGGACGUGUGAAGCAAUCUGGUUGUGAAGCUUGUAUGAUGUGGAACUUAAUUGUUACUGAACACUUGCAGAUGUCAACAAGAUUUAUGAGAGGGCUUCUUUUUUGUUAUCAAAAGAUAAAUGUACACAUCACGCAAGAAAGAUGAAGUCUAGUGAAAUGAAGUAGACGGAACAAGGGGGCAAGUGGGGAAUCAUGUUGAAUGCAACAUAUGUGCAAGAAUGCAAUGUCUUUUCUAUGUAAAUGAGCAUAAGUCUGGUCAACAGAGUUAUCUACGCACGCCUUUUUUGCGUCGACUUUUAACAAUUUUGACUGUUGCGUCUGUUCUGCUUUCAAUGACUGUGAUGCUUUUGAAAACGGGAUGACAUUUGUGAACUAUACGCCCCUGUCAUGGAUCGAAGCGAUCAGUCGUUCUUGUGCAUCCUUUCAUUUUCACUCAAACUUGUUUGCCCGAUGUAAACCACUCCAGAGGUCAGUGAAACCACGUGAACCAUGGCAACUGCACAAUCACUUAUUCUUAUGUUUCAUGUGGCAUUUGCUCUUAUCCUUACCCUUUUCUGCGACUAUAGUGCAGUGGCGUGUUUCCAAUAAAUGUUUAGCUGAGAGUUCA